UCAGUGUAUUACCACAGAUCUUUGUCAUCCUCAGAAACAGCAGUUUGUUGGCAAACCAGCAUUUCGCAGCUCGAGCUCGUCACAGUUUCCUGUGUGGUGUGCAGCUCGUCAGUUUCAUCAGGAGGAGUUCAUACUCUUCACAGACUCUUCUGUGCCAACAGCGGAAACAAAAUCAGCAGAUCCAGAGAUCCAAAUGUCAAACCCAGUGGUCACCCAUCAACCAGGAGCUGGCGGCUAUGGGACAAACGUCCAAACAGGAGAAUGGAGCACGGGCUUGUGCAACUGCUUCAGUGACUGUUUGGUCUGUGCCCUUGGCUGUGUCUGUCCUAUUGCACUGAGCUGCUACACAGCAAAUAAGUAUGGAGAAAACUGCUGUUUGCCUCUUGUGCCAGGAGGUUUAACAGCCAUGAGGACUCAUAUGAGACUCACCUACGGUAUUCAGGGAACAGUAUGCAACGACGCCUUGAUGAGCUUUUUCUGCGGAUUAUGUGAAGUGUGCAGGAUGGCACGAGAAAUCCGCAUCAGGAAUGGCGAGAUUACACUGUAAGCAGAUGAGAUAUCCAGCUGUCCAGCCUGGAUCUUGCAUACCGACUAAGGGCCGCUAAUGAAACAUGCAGUUCAGUGUAUUAACUGUAAUUUUUCCCUCCGCCUCACAUCACUCUGUGUAAUGGUAUUAAGUAUUAAUCUGCAUAUCUGUAAAUAAAAUGCAUUUUCCACAUUCA